CCGGUCGGACAGCGUUUGGAGUCAAGUCACCUGAAUGAAGAAAUGGAGGACUAGUUUUUAUCAAAGCGAGACAGAGAAGGAGAGUUAAAGUGAAAGCGAAGAAGGAGAAGAGAAAACAAGCUCCGGGUGCUAAGUCCACGCGACGACUGUCAACGUUUGACAUCAAUAGUUUCGUUCAUUUUUUCCCUCCGCCGUUGUCUGUUUUUUGUCGGACUUUCAAACACUUCUCAAAGUUUUUGUUUUGACGCAAAGACAGGUUGGUGCAGACUGUAGUCGUGUCAAGUUUGGUGUCCCAGUUUGGAGGCAGGCUGUCCCGGGACGGACGCACACAUCUGUAAUAACAGAUACCGUCAAAGCGACACAGAUACAAGCCCCGGGGGAGGAGGACUGAGCGUGUCACCAUGCCUGUGCGCCAAAAAGAUGCACAGCGAGCCCUGGAGCUUCUCCAGCAGUACCGGACCAAACUUGACCAGAGACAGCAGCACCAGAGGCGGACCAAACAGGGCCCUGUGGAGGAAGACUCCCAGCUGCAGCAGUCUCUGGACAGAGUCAUCAAUGUCUUCCAGAGUCAGCUCUUUAGUGCUCUGCUUGACAUUCAGGAGUACUACGAGUUGACCAUCCUUGCUGAUAGCAAGAGUUCGGUGGACCAGACACAUGUUCCACAGAGCCCCUGUGCCUCCUAUAACCUGCCAGUAGAGCUCUCAGCCCAGCAGCAGCCCCACUCUGUUCCCUUGAGCCCACAGGCUUCUGGAGGGUCACCCCAGCCAAAACCCCUGACCCCUAGACCCAAGUCAGUCAAGUCCCAUGCUGCUCCACUCCCAUCCGGGACUCCUGCAGCAAAGCCAUCUUCCCCUACAUCACAGCCCAUUGCACCUGACUUACAGCCAGCAAAGGUCAAGUACCGUGCUCCUCUGCCUCCCGUCGAUCCUGGAGCCUCCAAAUUACUGGCAUCGGAGACUUCUUUGCCCGCCUCUCCCUCUUCUCCCAUAUCCCCCGCAGUCACACUGAAUGGUGUAGAAACCCCCACUGGCUCCAUAAAAACACCUCCUGGAGCUUCACUGAAUGGAGCAAAGCCACGCCUUACUGCAACCAUCUCCAAUAUUUCUUCAGGAAGCUCCACCACUUCUGCUAAUCCACACAGCGACUCUCCAGAUCUCAACCUGGUGACUGUCUCAGCCCUCGUCUCCAGCACCAUCCAAGGCUUAGUGUCUCCAACCACUCCGAGCAAACUUACCCCCACCAGCACCACUCCUAUCACCAGCCCCGGAUUCAACAGAGUCACAGAUGCUAGUCCGGUCUCUACAGCUCUUGAGACCAACAGGGACCCAGACUUGGGCAAAGUGACUCCCAGCAUGAGUCCAACCAGCCCCAACCAGGGAAAAUUUACCUUCAGCAGCCGCAGCCCCACAGGUCCUCCAGGGCCUUUGACUAAAGGGCCAGGUCUGAGUCCAACCAGCCCCGGGCCAGCGAAAGUCACCUCCACUAGCCCUAUCUAUGGUCCAGCCAGCCCCAGGCCUGUGACAAGUCCACUGACCCCCAACAAGAAGUAUCGGUAUCAAGAAGAGGAAGGGGCAUCACCAGGUGCCCCAAAACUCCACCAACAUCCCUGCCAUCAGCACCCAAUGGGAGUAGCCAGAGAACUGAGGGACGGAGGGACCCUGGGGAGGGAUACAGGGACCCUGGGGAGGGACGGGGGAACCCUAGGGAGAGAGGGGAGGGAAGUGGGGACCUGGAGGGAAGGGGGAACCUGGAGGAGAGAUGGAGGGGCCGCCGGGACCAUGGAGAGAGAAAGGGAACGAUCACUGGGGAGGGACGGAUCUCUCGGUCGCCACGGUGACCUACGGGGCGCGGAGCUGGUUCAGGUAGCAGAGCGGCAGCUGUCUCAGAUUCAGCAUGUUCACGGAUACGUCACUCACACACACAUCACGCCCGCUCAGGUAGAAUCACCUGAGGUUCCCUUUGAUGACGAGGCGUGGCCUCACCAAGAGGGAGAGAGGCUGAAUGAAGUCCCAGCCCCGCCUUUCUCCUCCCUCUAUUCACACAGUCACUCCUACUACCAGGCCAACCCCCCUCCAGUGGUGGUCAACACCGACAGCGUCGACACCCCCCCAUAUGUCAAUGGAACAGAAGCGGACUAUGAGUAUGAGGAAAUCACGCUGGAGCGGGGUAACUCAGGUCUGGGGUUCAGUAUCGCAGGAGGGACUGAUAACCCUCACAUUGGAGAAGACCCUUCUAUCUUCAUCACCAAGAUUAUACCUGGAGGGGCCGCAGCCCAGAAUGGACGACUCAGGGUGAAUGACUGUAUAGUCCGUGUAAAUGAGACAGACGUCAGGGACGUGACCCACAGCGGGGCUGUGGAGGCGCUAAAGGAGGCAGGAGGUUUGGUGCGACUAUGUAUACGACGCAGGAGGAGCCUCACCGAGAGAAUCAUGGAUAUCAAGCUGGUCAAAGGGCCCAAAGGUUUAGGAUUCAGUAUAGCAGGUGGAGUCGGAAACCAACAUGUCCCAGGCGACAACAGUAUCUACGUGACUAAGAUCAUCGAGGGAGGGGCUGCACACAAAGACGGACGGCUACAGAUAGGGGACAAACUUGUGGCUGUAAAUGCCUCCUGUUUGGAGGAGGUGACUCAUGAGGAGGCAGUGGCUGCCCUGAAGUCCACUCCUGACGUCGUUUACCUCCGCGUGGCCAAACACACCUCCCUUUUUAUCAAUGACAACUUCCCUCCCCCCGACGUCACUAAUUCGUACUCCCCACAUCAAGACAACCAUAUAAGCCCCUACAUGAGCGGCAGCCAGUCUGUAAGCCCCGCCCCUCUGACCACACCCAGAUACUCACCUCUGCCCAGGGCCAUGACUGGAGACGAUGACAUCCCCAGAGAACCCAGGCGGGUGGUGCUCCAGCGAGGGUCAACAGGUCUUGGUUUUAACAUUGUUGGAGGGGAGGAUGGAGAGGGAAUCUUCAUCUCCUUCAUUCUUGCCGGAGGUCCGGCUGAUCUCUGUGGAGAGCUACGAAAGGGAGACCGCAUCCUGUCGGUGAACGGUGUGGAUCUGUCCAGUGCAACACAUGAGCAGGCAGCAGCAGCUCUGAAGAAUGCAGGACAGACUGUUACCAUAGUAGCGCAGUACAGACCUGAGGAGUACAGUCGUUUCGAGGCGAAGAUCCAUGACCUGAGGGAACAGAUGAUGACCAGCAGUGUCAGCUCCAGCUCCACGUCGCUCCGCUCCACACAGAAACGCACACUUUACGUCAGAGCGUUGUUCGACUACGAUGGAAGUGCGUCAGAUCUGAGCGCGCCCAAUCAGGCCCUGCCAUUUCAUUUCGGGGAUGUCCUGCAUGUUAGCAGCGCCGGCGAAGAGGAAUGGUGGCCCGCCCGUCACCUCAGCCCCCCGCCUCCAAACUGCCCUGAAGUCGGAGUCAUCCCCAGCCGUAGGAGGGCAGAGAAGAAGGAGAGGUCGAGGCUAAAGACGGUCAGAGUAACAAGGUCUCAAGACAGAUCGGAUCAGGAUGAUAAAGAGCUGGUAACCUCUGGCACCAGCGAUAGUGAGAGUAGUUCCUCUGGCCAAGAGGAGACCCUCCUCACCUACCAACCUGUCAUGCAGCAGGAAGUUAAUUACACGCGGCCAGUCAUUGUGCUUGGACCAAUGAAAGAUCGGGUCAAUGAUGACCUCAUCUCAGAGUUCCCUGACAAGUUUGGCUCCUGUGUCCCACACACAACGCGGCCGCGGCGAGACUACGAGGUAGACGGCAGAGAUUACCACUUCAUGUCCUCCAGAGAACUCAUGGAGCGAGAGAUUCAGGAACAUAAGUUCAUAGAGGCUGGACAGUACAACAACCACCUGUAUGGAACCAGCAUACAGUCUGUCAAAGAAGUCGCUGACAAGGGUAAACACUGUAUACUGGAUGUAUCAGGGAAUGCGAUAAAGCGUCUCCAGUUGGCAGGCCUCCAUCCCAUCGCUAUCUUCAUUAGACCACGCAAUGUUGACAACAUCCUAGAGAUGAACAAGCGUUUCACUGAGGAGCAGGCGAGGAAGACCUUCGACAGAGCUGUCAAACUGGAGCAGGAGUUCACAGAGUUCUUUACCGCUAUCGUCCAAGGCUCGUCUCUGGAGGAAGUGUACUCGCAGGUGAAGCAGAUCAUUGAGGAGCAGUCCGGUCCUUACAUCUGGGUGCCCACCAAGGAGCGACUCUGAAUAAACAUACUACAUGAUCACACACAUCACUCCUUCAACACUUCCUACAUCUCUAAUUUUCUAUUAUCAGCCUGCUUCCUCUCUCUCUUGUACACACAUUACCACACACACACACACACACACACACACACACACACACACAUUUACACAAGCACAUAAAGUCGGACGAGGCUGGGACUAUCUGGGACUGCGACUUCCUGAAGUGGGAGGGGCUAAUGUCUGUCCAGCAGCCUAUUGGUGGAUCUUCCUACAGCUCAGUUCCUUAAUGUUUAAGGAGGUGGUUCAAAUCAAGGCGACACAUACCAUUAUCUGAUUUGAUUUCAUUAUUGUUCUUCUUAUUGUUGUUGUCGUUGUUGUUUUCAUAUUAACGAAGGGUAAUGCAUUCAUGUAUGGGUUUGUAAUGAUAAUAUUGUCACCAAGAGGCAGACUUUUGCACGCUGUAGCUUUAAGAGCAUGUUUUUGGGACAAAAUCUUGAUCUCCCUCCCGGUCUGUCUGUCUGUCUGUCUGUCUUUCCUCACGGCAUUGCUCCCGUUUAGUCUUUUUCUAUCUUUCUCUCAUAUCUCAUCCUUUCCUCCUCCUUUCCCAUUUAGACUACAGACUAUAGGUAUGAGGUGAAAACUUAACGUGCUCCAGCAUUUUGGUAUCAAGGGCCAAAAUUAAACAAUUAUUGUUGAGAGACGUAGCACCAAAAUAGUCAUAUGUAAGACGGGAAUUCUAUGAUUGGGACUCUUGUUGAUAUUAUUUGUAACAAGCAGAAAUUCUCAAUCAGAACUCAAGUAGAAAUCUAAAUUAGAUAGCUUUAAAAUAAAUAAAGUACAAAGCCUCAUAAAGUUUUUUGAGUCCAUUUGGAGCCCUGAGCCUGUAUUUCUCAAAUUUCUGAAAAUAAUGCUAGGUUCUUUGCAAAAGGUAAAGUUUAAGACAUCAUUAUCAAGCGUCUCACUCUUAUUUACAGCAAAGAAAAGAGCAGCUAUCAAGUGAUCAUAUGAUUAAAUAGACAUAUGCUCAAAGUCUUAACAGCCAAUCAGAGAUAAGGAUUUGCCGAACAGCUUCCCUAUUCAUUGUUUUUAAAAAUACUUGCAUUUCAGUCAUUGGUAUGUUAUUCUCCAGGGACUUGUCAUUUUAAUUAUUAAAAGGUUAUUUUUAUUUGUGUGAAAUCCUCAAUAUAUCCAGGUGAAAUGAACAGUAAUCAAUUAAGGGAUGAGAAUCAAGAACUGGUUCCAAUUAAGGACCAGUUCCAACUUGUCUGAUCCAUCAGAAUCGUAAGCCCUUGAGCUUAUUAAUUCAGAGCCGGCAUGUUUUUCAUCAAUCUUGUGUCUGCGUUGCUGGAAACAUGCAACAAAGAGGAGUCAUGGCGGAGAGGGAGAAACAGUCCAAAAUGUGGCUUCAUUUCACAAAGACAGACGACAACAGUGCCGCUAUAAUUUCUGUAGUAUUAUUAUUAUUAUUUCAAGGAAAUAAAGGGUGGAAACACCUGCAGCAUGCUGAAACAUCUGUCUACAUAACAUGGGAUUAAAUUCCAGAAAUGCAAUGUAUUUGAGACUCUACACACAAGUGCCACUGGUUCCCAACCAAGAAACACAUCUGUUACUGAGUGUAAUCAAUAAAAAAUCAGCAGAAUUGAUAAUGGUGUUGCUAUUAAUAGAACUGUAUCAAUUCCCAUCCCUAAAUCAGUACAUUUAGAAUGUAUGAAUAUACAAACAUGGAUUAAAUAACUGGCUAAAAUGUAAACAAAAGGAAAACCAAAACAGGAGCAGGAAAGACAUUUUGCUGUUGGUACACCAGAGAUAACAAGUGUAAUUUAGUGCCACGUUGACAAGUACAGAUAAUGAAGAUGCAUGGAAGGUAACUGCAAACAAAAUCAGUGACAGAUUUAUCUUUGUUGUUUGCAUCCUAAUAAACAUAGAAACAAAGAGAAGAAAACAUGGCGUAGAAUUCUAUUACAUGUUUAAAUCCAAUGCAAAUAAUACAUGUAAAUUCCCCAGUUGGGGAGUAUUAUAUGUCAAAGGAAAUUUGAUAAUAGUUUUCAUAACUGAAAAAAGUGAAGGUUUUUAAGUCUAAUAUUUUAUUUUAAGCUGUUUGAUAAAUACGGGCUCAGAUCCUCUGUUAAAAAAAAUAAUAAUAAUCUAUUACGCAAGUCUUUGUCCAACAUGGGCUUCUCUGCCUCCUCUCCCCCUCUUCUUCCUCUUCGUCCUCUCUGUCUCAUGCCUUCAUCUCUCUCCUCCUCUCGUUCUCCACAUUCACAGUGUGACAUUAGUCGAGCACUCCGGCAUCAAACAGUGUAUCAUCUUCUUCAUCAACACUAUCAUCGCAAUCAUAAUCAUCAGCAUCAUCGUUAUAGCUUUCCUUCUUACUGUAGUUGCACUAAUGAGGGCUGGUUUCUUAAAAGCAUCUUAGCGUGACAGAAUGGAUCCCAGUGUUUCAGGUAUUUGGAUGUAUGAUAUACUUACUUUUCUUUAAGUUGUCAGUGAUUAUUAUGCUGGUUUCAGAGAGGUCUGGGAACUCUUUAUGGUCAUAUGCGGUAUGUCAUGCUACUGUUGCAUAGGUAAAGACAUCAGGUGAACUCCUCUGGUAAAUGCUAUUGUAAAGACUAACUAAUCAACAACAUUAGCUCUUUUUGUUACAGUUUUUUUUUUGUCAUGCUGGAUUUACAAGUUUGAGCCUUUAGUCCCAGUGUGCAUGAAUAACACCUGAAACUGCUCCAUUUGUGACCUUAGUGCUCCGAACGCCACUCCAUAGAUACAGGCACAUGGUGGACAAUCAAAGCGUUAUAUUUUUACCUGUUAUCCAGCGGUGGGUGUGUUUUAAAUGAUCAUGCAGGUGUCUACAGUCUGCCCAGAGAGAUCCAAUUUACUAUUCUUUAUUUCUUUAUUUUGGAAGCACCAUUUUUGGCUUUAUAGGCAACACAGCAUGCAACUUUACAGUACAAGUAGCAUGUGCUUGCUCUGUCAUUCACAUGACCCUUGCUUUGCACGUCUGUUGACUGAGGUGAACACAAGUCACAGAAUAUUUUAAGCUGUACUUGAACAGAACAUAAAAGAGAGAAAACAAAUCUCAUCAUAUUGUGUGAAGGAAAGCACAGGCCUGGGUUAAAACCUAGCUUGAAAAUGACUUUUAUUCUCUUUUUCAGCACUGCAGCUGUUUUGUUGUACUGUUCUUCUUUAUCGGGCCAAUUUACAUUUGCUUAACUGUGUGAGUAGCCUGAAUAUUACUAUGUGUUUUUUCAAGUGGGCCCCUGUUUAGUUUGUACCAUGCAUAAGCACAAGGGCAGCAUUAUUCACAUUUUGCCACACUGUGCUAUGGCACUGAUUGUCUGUGGGGGAAAAAACAUUUAAAGGUCGAGCGUGUAGGAUUUAUGGGCAUCUAAAGGCUGAGGUUGCAGGUUGCAACCAACUGUAACCAGUGUCCCAAGCAUGUAGGAGAACAAGGUGGCUGACGCAAACAAUGCAAACCUAUCUAGAGCUCGUGUUGGUUUGUCCAUUCUGGACUACUGUAGAAACAUGACGGUGCAACAUGAGCGGAUUCCAUGGACAAGGACCUGCUCCUUAUGGCUCAUUAGUUAGUUCAAGCUAAUUAAAAGGUAUUUUCAGGUGAUUAUACACUAAAGAAAACAUACUCAUAUUCUUUUUCUGCCACUAUAUCCCCAUAAAUCCUACACACUGGACCUUUAAAUGUUGGUUUAGCUGUGGGCAAACAUUUUAACUUUAUGGGCAGAUAGCUAAAAUAUGUUGCAUCACAAAAAUACCAUUGAAAUCUCAACUGUCAGCUGGAUAGCAGGUAAAAAAUAACACUUUGGCUUUCCCCUUAAAGCAACUAUAUUCAAUAUUUUUAUAACAAUGUAUGAAAUGACAAAGUGAAAACAAUGUGACAAUGUGAACAGAGAAUUAUCAGCCAAAUCUACAGCUCAUCUCAGCUUUACAGAGCUUCAUACCAAGUUUUCAGUUCAUUGCUUAGCUGGUUUACUCUCAGCACUAACAGUGUUGGUUUUGGCUGCAGCAGGCAGCUGUUUUCAGUUUAAAAAGUUAUAAAAUCCCACUGUACGCUGCCUGCUCGGCCUGCUCAGACAUAGUGAGCGACUAACUGGUAAAUAUAGUGGAGCAUUUAGCAGCUAAAGAGCCAGAUGUUUUGUUCAGGUGUUGGUGGAGACGAAGAACAGAGCUAGAAGAGAGUGAAGUCACAAAUAGGGCUUACCUGAAACAUGACCUCUGGUGUCGAGUGUGACAUUUGAAAUAUCGAGAUGCUUUUGGUAACACAGCCCCUGUAUGGACCUUGUCAGCCACCCACUUCCCAUCUCCAUCGUCAACCCCCGAGGCGAAUCCUCCAAGCUGACUGGAGACCAGAGACACACAGAAAGACCGUUCUGUCAACAGAGUAGCUCUUAGAUCCAAAUAAUAAAUAGUUUUGACCAUACGUGUUUUGAAAGCUUUAAUAUUUCCUCACAGAAUGUCCAGCUAAAUUAUUUCUUUCCAUCUAUAAUCCUCUAUGAAUCCUGUAAACCAGUGUUGUUGUCAGUUGACAGAACCGGACUCUCUGUGUGACUCUGGCUGUGUGUUUUAGCCAGGGGACCAUGCCACUGUCUGUUAGAGUAAAGCACCGAUGCAAAGAAUCUAUUACAGAGAUGGAUCUACAGUAUAUCUAACAUAUUAUAAUAUUUAUCCCUGCUCUAACUGCCUAUUUUGGUACAAAAAAAAUAAAAGUCUUUAUUGAGAUUUACUGAAAUCCCUCGACCAAUGACCACAGAUGAUUAUUCUUUUUGCAUUGUGGAAUGUGUAUGAUUGUGAAUAAGAUAUAAUACCUGCAAAUAUGAAUAUAUUUUCCUUUAUUUCAUCUCUACUGCAGGUUUGUAGUGGUCUAUUGAUGUCUUGAUGGGAAGGUGAAGCAUCUGCUGACUCUUUAAUGAUUUUAAAAAUGUCACUUUAUUUUUUUCUCUCCUGUGCAAUUCAUUUUUUGACAAUCCUUAGCUAGAUAGCAGACAAUGUUUUUUCCAUGAGUACAGCAUGCUAACACUCUCAGCUAGUACCUUUUCACUCUCUGCUAAUAGCUUCUUGCAUAUGACAUCAUACAUUGGUGCAUUGUCCAGAUGGAGGGCAGGCACCUGAAGGAACGACCAACACUGCACAAAUGCUCAUGAUUGUUUACAGCUGUUCCAGUUGACCAUACUGGGAAAAAACAAAGGCCACCUUAAACUUUAAAUUGUAUGGCAUAAAGGGGAGAAAUUAAAGAUUAAAAUAAAGAAAAAUCUCACUGAAAAAUAGCGGCACAUGGAUCAAAAGCCUCCAUUUUCAGUCUGGAUGGGCAGAGUAGACUAACAUCAAACAUAAACAGUAAAGUG